AUGAAAUUAGUCAGGUUUCUGAUGAAGCUCAAGAAUGAGCAGGUCAUUGUUGAAUUAAAAAAUGGGACCGUUGUCUUAGGAACAAUCACAGGAGUGGAUGUUAGAAUGAAUACACAUUUAAGCAAAGUGAAAUUAACAUUGAAAGGAAAGAAUCCUGUGGGAUUGGAUUAAUUGACAAUAAGAGGAAACAAUAUCAGAUACUUCCAUUUGUCUGAAAAUUUGUAAAUCGACAAUCUCUUGGUGGAUGAAUCCAUUUCUAAAUCAAAGAAAGUGAAAGCAGGAAUGGAGAAAAAUGAUCCAAAUUUUAAAAGGAAGAAGAAGAAUAAAGUCACUCGUUUACCAAGAAGAUGA